GUUCUUCUCAUGUCAUUACAGAUUUUCUAGAGAGAGAAAAGUGAGUUUCUAGAGAGAGAAAGCAUGGAACUUGCUUUGAGUUUAGGAGAUACUCCAAAACCCUUUUCGUUGCUGGAUCAUCACAGCGGAUCCCAACAACAGAAGAUGAAAGAUUUAGGGUUUUGCAUGGGGUUAGGAAGCACAAGAAAUCUUGAAGAUCUUCACAUCAAGAACAUGAUGAGAGAGAAAGAUGAUGAGAAAGUUAUAAGUUGUUCUUCUUCAUCGGAUCCGUCAUCAUCACCACCGCCGCUGCCGCUGCAACUUGAUCUCCUUCCCUUCUCUCCGGUUCUUAAAUCGCCGCCACCACCCCCACCACCGUCGUUGUCUCACCGGCCCUUCCCAUGGCUCUCAAAAAACUUGAUAGUUGAGUCCGGAUCACAAUCUAAACUAGUGAAAGUUAUCGAUGCAAAACCGUUAACAACAGUAUCCGACGGUGAAGAACUGGCAGCAGGAGAAUAUUCAUCUCCGAACAACAGUAACAGUGGAACGUCGUCGUUUCAGAUGGAUUUCUCAUCCAUUUUCAACGGUGGAAGAUCAUUCAACUCGAGGAAAAGAGAUUUGGAACUAAGUGUAAAUCUUGAAUUGGUAGAUGCUACAGAAAGAGAUCAUAGAGCUUGUUCAAGAGGAGGUGGUGGUAUGAGUGAUGAAGAUGAAAACGGGUUAACCCGGAAAAAGCUCCGACUCACUAAAGAACAAUCUGCAUUUUUAGAAGAUAGUUUUAAAGAACAUAAUACACUUAACCCUAAACAAAAGCAAGCUUUAGCUAAACAGUUGAAUCUACGUCCACGACAAGUCGAAGUUUGGUUUCAAAACAGAAGGGCAAGGACAAAACUGAAGCAAACUGAGGUCGACUGCGAGUAUUUAAAACGAUGUUGUGAAACCCUAACCGAAGAAAAUCGAAGGUUGCAAAAAGAACUUCAAGAAUUACGAGCUUUAAAGACUAAUCAACCAUACUACAUGCAAAUGCCGGCCACCACACUCACCAUGUGCCCGUCUUGUGAACGUGUUGCCACCACCACAACCAGCACCACCACCACCUCUCCCUGCCAACAAGCACCGCCUACGGGCAGCCAUGGACUUUAGCAUAAAUAAGUCAUAUAGUUUGUUUUGGCUGAUGGAAUUUUGACUAAUUAAAGAAUUAGAAGGAAAAAAGAACACAUGAAACAUGAAUGCAAGUCACAUUCUUGCAUAUGUAAAUAAGAGUUUGUUUUUUACUUCAUAUUUAUUUAUUUCUC